AUGGGGCUUCUGUGCAGACGCGGGAUGGUCAGGUACGGGAUGCGGAUGGUCAAAUUGUCUGUUUCCACUGAAGCAAUGAAGAUCCAACUCCCCGCCAAACUCGCCGUGGCGGCUCUCGUAGCCCUAACCACGGCCCACGGCCCCGACGACCACGAAACCUUCCUCGCAAAGCGCGAAUACUUUUCCCGCGCCAAACAUUUCCUCGACUCCUGCGCCGGACCCCUCGAAAGCAAAGGCGUCGAAGCCCGCGCCCGAGCCCGCCGCGCAUCCAUCGUCCACGAGCACCAGAAGCGUAACAAGGCUAAGCGCAACAACAAACAAAUCCUAAAUAUCAACCAUCAAUAUAACGGCUCAUUUAUCUCGCCUGAUGACACUGAUGCCAUCUUCGUGGGGACCAGGCACGUCCUCUUGAAUCCCUACGGUGAUAACGGCCCGUACUACGUCCGCGGCGAACUCAUCCGCGAGGACGUGAGAGAAGAUGAACCCGGUAUUCCGAUCAUCGUCGAAGGCCAGUUCAUCAACUACGUUACCUGUGAGCCUGUCAAGGGAAUGUGGUGGGAUCUGUGGAAUGCCAAUUCCACGGGUGUGUACACCGGUGUCAUCAACGAAGGAAACGGCAACUUCCUUGACCAUAGUAACGUAAACCGCACUGCGCUUCGUGGGCUCCAGCAGGCGGAUGAGGAUGGUGUUGCGCGAUUGACCACUAUCUUCCCUGGUCACUACAGUGGGCGGACGAACCAUAUCCAUGUUAUCGCACAUUCGAAUGUCACCGUGAACCCGAAUAACACUAUUUCCGGCGGAAGUAUCCAGCACAUUGGACAGUUCUUCUUCGAUGAGGAUCUUCUCGACAAGGUCCGUCAGGUCUGGCCGUACACCGAGAAUCCCUAUGAGAUCACCACAAACGCCGAAGAUGAUACCUUCCACCAGGAGACUGCGUACUCGAACUCCGAUCCCGUCUUCCACUACGAGUUUCUUGGUGAUAAGCUCGAGGAUGGACUGCUCAUGUGGGUGCGGAUUGGUGUUAACGUCUCCGCGAGCUGGGAGGAUGAAUAUAGUUUUGCGAGGACGGCUCAAGGGGUGAAGUACUCUUGUGGUACGGGUCGGAUUACGAGUAACUAUACGCAGGAUGGGACUGAUUGUACGAAUAAUGUUGAUGUUAAAAAUCUGCCGGGUGAGUCGGCGCCUGGGCCCGUUGUUUAUCCUAAUCCGCACAACAAGACGAGCUAG